AUGGCUACUCUGCCAAAGACGAUUCCUGGCACAGCCGUCGAGCUUCAGCUUCCGGCGUUGCCGACCACCGACUUUUGGAACGAGACUCAAUGGACCGUUCUGCUGUCCUUGCUCGAGGCGGUCCUCCCGCCCAUCUCGCGACCGGCCACUCUCACAGACACAACGAGCCAGAUCCGAGUGUCCGAUGCCGAAUAUGCGGCCGCGCUCCAACUCGCACAGAACACUAUGAAGAAACCGCCUUCGGAGGAAAAGUUCCAGGAGUACAUGGCGCACAACCCGGCAAAGGAGCCCAAAUUUAUCGAGAGCAUCACCAGGACACUCGCGGCCCUGCCGUCUGGCGCGCAACGUCAGCUCGGUGGCGCGAUGGGCGCUCUUGGCACGCGCGCCGGUACGCUGUUUCUCACCGGUUACUGGACUCCAGUCCACCUUCAACCGCUAGAAGUCCGUGAGCAGAUUUUGAAGGCUUGGCAGACGUCCAGGCUCCCAACAAUCAGGGUCCUAUCAAAGUCAAUAUGUCUCUUGGCGCAAAAGGCCGCCGUGCAGACCAACCCUUUGUUCAUAGAGUUGACGGACUACACCGACAUGCCGGACUUCCAGACGCAUGGUGAGGGUUUUGAUUUCAACUUUAUGCAAUUCGAGUCGGCCGGCUCGCCAGCCGUCGUAGAGACCGACGUUGUCAUCGUCGGAUCGGGCUGCGGAGGAGCAGUCGCUGCCAAGGUCCUGGCCGAGGCAGGUCACAAGGUCCUCGUUGUCGACAAGUCGUACUACUACUCUCCGAGUCAGCUCCCCAUGUCGCAGGAUGCCGGCUGCUCGUUCCUGUACGAAAACGGAGGCUUCAUCACCAGCGACGACAACUCGCUCAACAUGGUCGCUGGCAGUUGCUGGGGUGGCGGCGGCACCGUCAACUGGAGCGUCAGUCUCCAGACGCAAGGAUUCGUCCGCAAGGAGUGGUCGGAGCAGCGCGGCCUGCCCUUCUUCACCUCGCCCCAGUUCCAAAACUGCCUGGACAAGGUCUGCGACUUCAUGGGCGUCAGCGCCGACAAGGUCCGUCAUAACCACCGUAACCAGGUGCUGCUGGACGGGUCCCGGAAGCUCGGGUGGCAUGCUACCACGGCCCCGCAGAACACGGGCGGAACGGAGCACUAUUGCGGGCAGUGCCAUCUCGGAUGUGGGUCGACGGAGAAGCAGGGUCCCACUGUCAGCUGGCUGCCAGCGGCGGCGGGAUCCGGAGCCAAAUUUAUGGAGGGCUUCGAGGUUGAAAAGGUUACCUUUGACGAGUCCAGCGGGUCCAGGCGAGCCACGGGUGUGGUUGGAAAAUGGGUGUCGCGGGGUGCUAAUGGGAGCACCAGCGCGCCUUUGGAGCAGCGGACCACGCGACAGGUUGUCAUCAAGGCCAAGAAGGUCAUCAUGUCGGCUGGAUCAGUUUCGAGUCCCUUGGUGCUGUUGAGGAGCGGUCUGACGAACCGACAUCUCGGACGCAACCUCUACGUGCACCCCUGCAACUUUGUGGGAGGUUACUGGAAGGAGGACUGCAAGCCAUGGGAGGGCGGUAUCAUCACGAGUUACUGCUCCUCGUUUGAGGACCUCGACAAGGCAGGCCACGGCGUGAAGCUGGAGCCUACUUGCAUGAUUCCCUACGCGAUCCUGUCCAGCAUGCCCUGGCACUCUGGCCUCCAGGCCAAGCUCAGCGAGCUCCGCUUCCGCCACUUUGGCGCCUUCAUCUCCCUCACCCGCGACCGCGACCCGGGCCGCGUGUACCCGGACCCCGUCUCAGGCCGCCCCCGCAUCGACUACGUCGUCUCCGACUUUGACCGCGCAAACACCCUCGAGGGCGUCGUCGCCCUCUGCAAGAUCUGCUACGUCGAGGGCGCGACGGAGAUCCACGCCGGUCUGCCGGGCCUCGAGCCGUUUGUCAAGGAGGACCACGCCGAACCUCCUCCCGAAAAGGAGACUGUGUCAUCGGCUUCGGAAGACAGCGGCGACGAGGCGAUUCUGGACGGGGUCAACGAUCCCAAGUUCGUUGCGUGGCUGGAUAAGUUGCGCCGGGUGGGUAACGCGCCGCCCGUGGCGAUCUUUUCGUCUGCGCAUCAGAUGGGUACGUGUCGGAUGGCGCCUAACGAGGAUGAGGGCGUGGUGGGACCCAAGGGCCAUGUUUGGGGUACGGAGAAUUUGUUUGUUGCGGAUGCGAGUGUGUUCCCUAGCGCGAGCGGGGUGAAUCCCAUGAUUACGAAUAUGGCGAUUGCGGAUUGGAUUGCGAUGUGUGUUGGGAAGGAGAUAAAGGCUGAGUUUUCGUAG